UCAGUGAGAAGGCGGCCGGAGCGGCUGUCUGAGUCAAGAUGAGGCUUCUGUUGCUUGUCCUGGUGGCGGCGUCGGCGGUGACCCGGGGCGAGGCCUCGGCCAACAUGGGCGGCGUGCCCAGCAAGAGGUUAAAGAUGCAGUACGCCACGGGCCCGCUGCUCAAGUUCCAGAUUUGCGUCUCCUGAGGGUACAGGCGGGUGUUUGAGGAGUACUUGCGCGUUAUUAGUCAGCGGUAUCCCGACAUCCGAAUCGAAGGGGAGAAUUACCUCCCUCAGCCGAUUUACAGACAUAUAGCAUCUUUCCUGUCAGUCUUCAAACUAGUACUAAUAGGCUUAAUCAUUGUUGGCAAGGACCCCUUCGCUUUCUUUGGCAUGCAAGCGCCUAGCAUCUGGCAGUGGAGCCAAGAGAAUAAGGUCUACGCGUGCGUGAUGGUUUUCUUCUUGAGCAACAUGAUCGAGAACCAGUGCAUGUCCACAGGUGCAUUUGAGAUCACGCUAAACGAUGUACCUGUGUGGUCUAAGCUGGAGUCUGGUCAUCUCCCAUCCAUGCAGCAGCUCGUUCAGAUCCUCGACAAUGAAAUGAAGCUCAACGUGCACAUGGACUCACUCCCACACCAUCGAUCAUAGCCCCACCAUCAGCACUGAAAACUCUUCUACAUUACAGGAUUUUGCAGGAGCAGCGUGACUGGCACGAUGAAGGCCUGUACUGAAGACAGCUGCUGUUAGUACAGGCUGGAUACCCUCGGCAGGCACGUUGUACUCUUGGGAAACCUCAUGCAGGACAGUUUCUCAGUGCUGAGGCGUUUGGGAAUUCUGCACAUUCAUGGAGUGCAAUAAUACUGUAUAGCUUUCCCCAAAAACUCACUCUGUUUCUUUUACAUGUAGACAUUACUACUUGGAACUUUUUUCUUAGUCAUUUUUGAAAAAGUAGAAAAUUGAGUUACAAUUUGAUUUUUUUCAAGAUGUGUGUUGAAUUUGUUGUGCUUUUAUAUGAAUUUUCAUUUUUUAUAGUUUAAAGUCAGCCAUUUGGGUAUAUAGCUGAAGUUCCAAAUAGUUUAUAAGGUUAUUAGACAUCUCUAAUUUGGCCAUGUCCAAUUGAUACAGUUUCAAAAUUCUGCAGGUUAUGAACAGUGUGUUAUUCAAAAUUAUGGGGAAAUUCAGUAUCUCGAGUACUCCCACCAUGUGUGUGUGUGUGUCUGUCUGUCUGUCUGUGUCUGUGUCUGUGUGUGUGCGUGCAUCAGAGGACUGCUACAAACCACCUGCUCUAAAUCCUAUUGUGCAGUUCAGGUGUCUUGCCUUGACCAGUCUAGUGAGUUGAUUAACUGGGCCUUUGUAUUUAACUAAAUAAAAAGUAAGCAGAUGUCAGUUCAGUGGAAAAGUUUCAGUUUUUUGCUCAUUGUACCUGUUAACAUAUUUAAUAAUUAUC